AUGCGGCAGGUGAGGGAGCGCUGGUACAGUAGCGGCUACGGGAGGUGGCUUUCCUGGGCUGGUAACAAAGCCGUUCACUGGAAUGAAGCGAGGGCUCGGCUUCCCGACAAGGACGCCGCCACCCCCCGGCAUGAGGCCGCCUCGAUCGGGUGCAGCGGAGCCAGCACCACUGCCGGCACCGGGGCUCUUGGCGUGCCAGUGGCGCCGUGGCAGGAGCGGAGGGCCAUCUGUCUUUCCUGGUGUCUGUACGCCAUGCGUCUGGUGGAGAUGUGUACCGUGGAUGACCGGGUGACGCGGGUGGCGUGGUUGAACCGCAGCACCAUCCUGUAUGCCGGCAACGACAAGUGGUCGAUAGACAACCGCGUGGUCAUCCUGUCCAACACCAAGACCCAGUACAGCAUCAAGAUCCACAACGUGGACAUCUACGACGAGGGCCCCUACACCUGCUCGGUGCAGACAGACAAUCACCCCAAGACUUCACGCGUCCAUCUCAUCGUGCAAGUGCCCCCGCAGAUUGUGAACAUCUCGUCGGACAUCACCGUGAACGAGGGCAGCAGCGUGACGCUCAUGUGCCUGGCCUUCGGGAGACCGGAGCCC